UUCAUUUAUUAUUUAAUAAUUUAAGAUACUUUUAAAAUAUCUUAAAUUUAGGUGUGAUAUAAUUAUCACUCAUGGUUUUUUUUUCAUUCUAGUAACAAUGCUUAGCUAAGCCAUUCUCAUAGAGAUUCAGUCAACCUUGCUUUAUUUACAUACAGCUGUUUUGAAUCAUUACAACCCAUGCCUGGCUUCCUUUGUCAUUAGUCCAUAUCUUCUUAUAAGGAACAAGAAAUGAAACAAAAAAUAUGAAUAGAAGUAGUUUGUUAAAACUCAUUUUGUUUGUUAAUUAGAAAGACAGGCCUUAAUGGCAGGGUGGCAAAAUUUUUUAAAAGAAGCAAUAAACUUGCUCCUAACGGUAAUGUGUGUGUUGGAUAGUUGACCUAGAUAGGAAGUGUUAUGGAUCAGGGGGCAAACUGAAACAGACUAUAGGUGACACUGCUGGUCGCCUCUGAAGUUGAGGCUUCUUUGUUGUUUGUGGAAGCACAUGCCUUCACAUGGGAAUUCAUUUGGAUUGACAUAAGGAGGGAAAGAAAUGCUUGUGCAAGAAGAGGCUGGGUUGCUUGACGCUAAUGGAGAAAUUGCAGGCUUUCAGACUGUCCAAGCUGGUGGGAAAGCAGUGCAGUUGGUUGCUGUGCCAAUAUCAACUACAUCUCCAGCAAAAAUGUCUCCACUGAAAGAGCACACAAUUCUUCCAAAACAGCUCACAGCCCAACAGGUUAUACAGACUAUUAGUAGUCCCAGACAACCAAUGAUCCCUAUAGACAUCUCCUGGAGGAGUGGAGCAGCACAGAAGAGGGCAUCAGAUUUCACAAUAGAAGCUGAUGAUGGGUUUGGGAAAAGGGGAAAGAAAGGUGAAAAGGGUGGUAAGGGGCUGCGGCAUUUCUCCAUGAAAGUGUGUGAAAAGGUUCAAAGGAAAGGAGUGACGUCCUACAAUGAAGUGGCCGAUGAACUAGUGGCAGAAUUCAGUGACCCACGAAACUUGACUUCCCCCUCUGAUCAGGCUUAUGACCAGAAGAACAUAAGGAGAAGAGUAUACGAUGCCUUAAAUGUAUUGAUGGCAAUGAAUAUCAUUUCUAAAGAAAAAAAAGAAAUCAAAUGGAUAGGAUUGCCUACAAACUCAGCUCAAGAGUGCCAAAACUUGGAGAUUGAAAAACAAAAAAGGCUAGAGAGAAUCAAACACAAAACCCAACAGCUGCAGGAGCUUAUUCUACAGCAAAUUGCAUUCAAGAACCUUGUGAUAAGAAACCGAGAACUGGAAACCACACAGGGACCCCCUCCACAGAACUCAGCAAUACAACUGCCUUUCAUUAUUGUCAACACCAGCAAAAAGACAGUCAUUGACUGUUCCAUAUCCAAUGACAAAUAUGAAUAUUUAUUCAACUUUGACAACACCUUUGAAAUUCAUGAUGAUAUUGAGGUGUUGAAGAGAAUGGGGAUGGCCCUUGGUCUAGAGAAGGGUCAGUGUAAUCCUAAGGAUGUCACCCGAGCUAUUAAAAUGGUCCCCAGAGCUUUAGAACCAUAUGUGAUAGACUUAGCCAAUGGUGGAAUGGCAAACUCUGGUCCAAGUGGUAUCAGACCUAUGUCAGCAGAAGAAGGGUCUUCCAGGUAUAAAGUCCCAGCCCAACCUUCCGUCCAAUCUUCAGGGAGUAGUAGCAACGACAUGGACAUUGAGGUGGCCAAUAUAUAUUCACAAGACUCUAAUAUGGGCUCUCACUCGGACAUACACUCGCGGGCCACAGAAACCCCGUCUGAGGACUUUUCAGAUGACAGUGACACAGACAGGUCUAGUCCGGUAGACAUGAGUUAAUCAACCCUGUGAAUAUGUCGGAGAUAAUGGAUUCUGUUCAAAUCGGAAGUUCCGAGAGGCAGAUAUCUGGACUCUGCGGUGCACAAGAGUUUUAUUCUAGGAGAGAAACAAUAUCUCUGCAAGCCUGUCAAGGCAGAACUUGGUAAACGGAAGCUACUUUAGUGCUGGCCAAGAGAUACAGUCAAAGAGAAGAAGUGGCAGCAGACAAAUGUAAAGCAGCAUUGUGGAUCUUUCAGACAUGAAGAUGCUUUAUGAUUCCAGCCUCACAUCAUGAUAUAAUUAUCAAAUGUAUCUUGCAUUUAUUUACUGCACUUUCCAGUGUAUUUCUUCUCUUGAAUCAAGAUGAUUUUUUUCCUUCCAGCUUUUGAUGUAAUGUUACAUUUCAUUUUUUUUUUUCAUUUAUAUAUAUAUAUAUUUUGAUUCUUGAGUUGUUGUUUUGCAUGGAACCUGUGUGGAUAUAAUUGAAUACGUAUAUGAUGUCAUAGUCUCUCAAUUCUCAUGGAAAUCCCAGGUGUUAGAUAUUAUAACCUAGUGUGUUCGUUACACCAUGUACAGUAGCCAGACUUGUCAUUUCCCGUUGUGGCCUGGAAGAUUUUACUUGUACUUGGUUAUUGUUAUAUGUUUGAAUGGCAGGGGUUGAUAAUCAUUGUGUGGUAUCUGACUGUGAUAAACUUGGAGUAUUUGGAGGCAACAUGAUUCGUGGAGCUUGUGUUUGUUUCAAAUCCAUAACUCAUUACAUUAUGCUUAUAGAUUCCAGGUUGCAAAAUUAUCUGCGCCUUAAGAUUAGUAGAAUAUUCUUUAACUGUAAUAUUCACAGCAAAUACAUGCACUAUACACUGAUUAAUCAUUCUUCACAUAAAAAACCCUUUCCUGAUUAUGUAAAAUGGUGCCAUUGUAAAAUGCUUUGAAAUAUUUUACAUCAUAAAGUAGGAAGAUCUACACAAAACAUUGAAGUUUGUGUUCAUGACUUUACAUUCACUUGUCUCACUAUUCAGCAGAAACACAAGAAACUGCCAGGUUGUAUUAAACUACAAACACAAAAGUAUUGCAUACCAAUAAUGAAACAUAACACAAAGAUGUACAGAGUGUAGAAGUGCUGAUUUUAUACACAAUGUGGUUAAGUGUUCCCUUAAAAGUGUUCCAGAUUUCAUGUCAGUCACAUAAUCGUCAUAUCAUCCAAUUUAAUUCAAGUUAUUAUUUAUGUUGUGUGUCUUUUUUAGUCCCUAUAUAACUACACUGUAUUUAGUUUAUGCGAACUGUGUGCAUGAUUUUCUACUUUUUGGUAUGUGUAUAUGCAUAGUGUAUAUAUUAUGUGGGUAUUUACAUCUUGUUUUGUACAUAGUCAACUAGUUGUAAUGUCUGUUUGGUUACUAUUCGUCUUGUGUACAGUAACCCUUUAAUUACAUAGGUUAUCAGUAGUGCUGUGCGAUUAUUUUAUCCUUAAUUUCUGUAGUGAAAGAGCAGUGGAUUUAUACUAAUCUUUUUGAGUUUCAGUUUUUCAUAUUUUUAGAAUGAAAGUAGAUAGUUGGAAGCCUAGAACAUGUGAUUCUUUGAUUUUUCUUUCCCUCUUCUUCUUAUUGAACAAGUUCAGUUUUUCCUCAGAUAUGACAAUAUUUGUUGAAAUUUACCUGAAAAAGUAACUAACAAAUACCGUAUUUGGGAGGACAGGAAAGAAAAAAAAAAAUUGUUCAAAAUCUGUAAUUACUUGAAGUGAGUGUUAUCUAUCUGUGAUCAAGUAGAUAUUAUGAAGUAAGUGUAUUUUUAAAACUAUUUUUAAGUUGCUGGUUGAUUCUGAGUACACAUUUAGUGUACAAAUCUUUGUUGCUACA